AUGCCUGUAGAAGACUACGGUGUUUGGAAGGCGUUACCCGUUCAUUACGAGGUUGAGGACCGUUACGAAGACCCAAAGUCUCCACAUCUAUCUCUAUAUUACCACGAUAAUUAUGGAACGGAGCCCCAAUUCGACGUCAGAUAUCGUCAGAAACACAUACACAAACCAUCCAAGAGGAAAAGUCCGCAGGACAUUCCUGGGCUAUUUCGUGCUGCAAUCAACAUCAAGUCUACUGACCGGGACUCGCGACUUGCCUAUUGGGUGAAUUAUACUCUCGGUGACCAUCCAAUUGUUCAAAAUCUAGCAAACUUGGAUUUCGGCUUCCAUGAUAUCCAUAAGGUUAAAGACAGCUGCUUGGACUAUAUUCGGUCUGACCUAUUUGAUACCAAAAAAGGUCGUCUUCUUCCCCAUGACAUCGACGGCCCAAACAAUGAUAUGAUUGACGUCUUGGUGCCUGAAAUAAAGAAGUCGAUCGACGAACAAGCGGAGAUAUACAUUUUUGGUUCCCGUUUCAACUCGAGAGAUGGAAUUCACGAUGUACACAUGAACCAAGGCAACAUAGAGAAAUUCCGUCGCGAUGAUGGAACCUUUCAAGACGGAGGUCUUCUCAUCCAUUACAAGGAAACUGGUCAGUGGACCGGGGUUUUUCUUGCGUUUGCAUCACAAGCAAUACACACAGAUGAUAAGGAUGGUCAUGCUAUAUCGUGUUUGACUUGGGGGAAAUUCCUUCCCACAGAAUUUGUUGAGAAUUCAGUGGCUAUCAAGGAAGCAGUUGUGAAAAAACAAAAAUCAGUCACGCUUACGAACCUGACCAACCGCCGAGUAUCUUUGGCAUCGUGGAAACUCCAUAACUCAGCCGGUCAAGCCCAAGAACUUCCUGCUAGCGCAGUUUUGAACCCCAUGUCCUCUGGAGGCUUUGAAGUGUCGAACCUCCAUUUUUCGAACAACGGUGACAUUAUUACUCUCGUUAACGAAGAAGGCCUGAAGGUGGAUGGAGUGAGUUAUAACUCUCAGCAAGGAAAUAUGGAAGGCCGGCCAAUCGUUUUUGCGCACUAG